CCUGUAAUAACCAAUUUCAUGUCUGUUUACUACAACAUAACCUCAAAUAAUUUUAGAUCUUUCUCAACACAAAAUGAAGACCCCAAAAAUUAUUAAAAGGAAGUUUCCAGGACCCGCUGGUUUAUUAUUACCCGAAAAAGAGAAUCAAAUUUCAUCGCAAACCGUUCUUUGCUCACAAUCAACUUCGAAUACCUUCUCCGAUGGUACCUGGUUAGAAAUGAUGGACGAUUUAAAUCAAAAUAAUCAUGGUUAUUUAUUGGAUAAAUACAACGUUGGAUGGGUUAUUAAUAAUUCUAAGAUAAUAAAUCGGAAAAUCCCAUUUUUAGCAGUUAAAAUAAAGCAGUUGGAAUUAAUCGGAAAGAAGCCCAAUUUUAUUUUGUGCGACCCAACGGGUGAAAUUGGAGGGAUUAUUUCUGAGGAGCUCUACGAGCGAUUUUCAGAGUUUUUAACCAUAAAUUCGGUUUUUAUUUUGAAAGGGUGCAGCUUAUUAACGAUGAGUCCAAUUAAACGAUACCUAAUAAUCACCGAAAAUAACCUCUUAAAAAUUUAUAACCUUUUUAAUAACUCCGUAAUGAAGAAAAGUGAUGAUUUACAAAUUAUUACAGUUAACAAGUUUAAUUAUGAUGAUUUCGAUGAAGAAAUUGAUUCACCACCUCCGAAAAAGUUUAAAUCGAUACAAAUCAAGGAAGAUUCAGCUUCGGUGGUCAUUUUAAGUCAGAGUACUCAAAAAGAUAUUAACGCCGUUCGGGAUGCUUUAAAUGAUAUUGAUUUCGAUGAUUUUUAAGACUAUUUUUGUUACUUUAUAUAUAAAAAUUUGAAUUAAUUUUUUCAUAACCUAAAAUUUUUUAUUUUUGUUGAGUUAAGUUAUUUUUUGACCCAAUUCCAAUAACAAUUUAUUACCCAAAUCGAUGAUUAAGCAUUGUGCUACUUCUAAAACGAAAAAAAUAAUAAAUAAUUGAUCAACAAUU